AUGUCUCAAGAUCCUCUAAACAUUGAUGAGUCCUCGAACGUGGAUGACAAGGCACUUUUGUGGAUCUAUGUGAACAAAAUUGAGAAGUUAGCUGGAGGAGGAUCAUGGAGGUUUGAAUGCAAGUCCUGCAGUAAUUCAUAUGUUGGAUCUCAUAGUAGAGUUAUGACUCAUCUGCUGCCAGAGGGAAAAGGAAUUAAAGGAUGCUUGAAAGUCACUCCUCAACAAAGAGUUAACCUGAAAAAGCUAGUUGAUAAUUGCAAAGAGAGGUUAAAGCGUGCAGCUCCCAAAGCAGUUCCACUUCCUUCGUCAUCAAGGAACAUGUCUAGUUCUUCUCUUGAUUAUGAUAUGAGCUACAAAGUUCCAAAUGCAACUGAGUCUGAUCCAAAGAAGAGAAAGGGUAUGGGUCCUUUGGAAAAAGCAUUUCAGAAUGAAGCUAGGGAGCAAUGUGAUGGGGAGGUAUCUAGGAUGUUCUACACAGGUGGUCUGUCUUUUAACCUUGCAAGAAAUCCUCACUACCGCAAUUCAUAUGUGCGUGCUUCCCAAAUUCCAGGAUAUGUUCCACCCGGGUAUAAUGCAUUGAGAACUACACUUCUUCAAAAGGAAAGAAAGAACAUUGAGAUGCAUUUGCAACCUUUGAAGAACACAUGGAAACAAAAAGGAGUGAGUAUAUGUAGUGAUGGUUGGUCAGAUCCACAACGAAGACCAAUAUUUAACUUGAUUGCUGCAAAUGAGAGUGGUCCAAUGAUGUUAAGGGCGAUCAAUACUCAUGGCAUAAAGGAGGCUGGACAUGAAAAUGUGGUUCAGGUUGUCACUGACAAUGCUUCAAAUUGUGUAAAAGCUGGUGCGCUUAUUUCAGCCAAGUUUCCUACUAUUUUCUGGACACCAUGUGUGGUUCAUACCUUGAACCUUGCUCUGAAGAAUAUAUGUUCACCAUUACUGAGCACAAGAAAUAAUGAAGCGGUGUAUGAUGCUUGUUACUGGAUAAAGUCUGUCAGUGAAGAUGUGAAUUGGAUCAAGAAUUAUAUUAUGAAUCACGGGAUGAGGCUUGUAAUGUUCACUGAGUAUUGUGAUCUUAAGCUCCUCACAAUUGCUUCUACAAGGUUUGCUUCCACGGUUGUAAUGUUAAAGAGAUUCAAAAAAAUAAAGACCGGGUUACAACAAAUGGUGAUCAGUCCUAAAUGGGAUGAUUAUAAAGAAGACGGUGCAGAGAGAGCAUCUGCAGUGAAGAAAAAGAUAUUAGAUGAGUUGUUUUGGGAGGAGCUUGAAUAUGCUUUAUCUUUCACUUUGCCCAUCUAUAGCGUGAUUAGAGCUGCUGAUACUGAUAAACCUUCUCUUCAUCUGGUUUAUGAAUGGUGGGAAAGUAUGAUUCAGAAUGUCAAGAGAGCUAUCUUCAAAAAAGAAAGGAAACAACUUAAUGAAGAUUCCGUCUUUUGGACUGCGGUGCACUCGAUUUUGACUUCUCGUUGGAGUAAGAGUAAUACUCCUCUUCAUUGUAUGGCACAUUCUCUAAACCCCAAGUACUAUAGUUCAGAGUGGCUUGCAGAAGAAGACAGUAAAAAAGCUCCACAUCAAGAUUUGGAGGUUACUAGAGAAAGAAAAAAUUGCAUAAUGAAGUAUUUUCCAAAUCAAGAUGAAAGGAGAGAGGUUAACGUUUAAUAUUGGAGGACUUUGGCAGUGUUGAUGUGAUUCAUGAUAGGUUUAUCUUAGAACCUUUGAGAUGGUGGGUAGUUCAUGGAUCUUCGGCACCAAAACUUCAAAUUUUAGCAUUCAAGUUACUUGGACAACCAUCUUCAUCCUCAUGCUGCAAAAGGAAUUGGAGUACAUACAAGUUCAUUCAUUCUGCUAUAAGAAACAAGAUUGUUCCCCAAAGAGCUGAAGAUUUAGUAUUUGUGCAUACUAACCUCCGUCUUCUAUCAAGAAGGAGCUCUGCUUAUAAAGAAGGCCCUAGCUGUAUGUGGGAUGUAGGAGGUGAUCAAUUUGAUUCGCUGGAUGAGAUUAAUUUGGGAAGACUUGAGUUUGAAGAUCUUUCUCUUGAUGAACCAGAAUUGGAAGCUGUUUUGUUUGGUGGAGAUAGAGAAAAUGAGAACAAUGAUGAGUUCGAUAUUUGACUUGAAGCUUGAUUUUUUUUUUAAUGUUAUGUUGAGUUUUUUUUUGUUAACUUUUAUGUUGAACUUUAGUAUUUAAAUUAUGUGUUGGAUUUUUAUUAUAAAUUUUUUUAUUUAA